CUACUAUUACUACUUCGUAGUUAAACUGCAAAGCCAAAUAAUCCUUGGUGCGUGAUGAUUUGAGUGCUGCACUUCCUAUUUUGAUAGUUACCAGUCUUACGCAAACCAUUCAACACCAAGUCCUUUCUUCAACUACAGCUUUGUGUUUGAGUUUGCCCGGAACAUCGUUACCACAAGAGCUGCGGGGGGAUAUUACACGUCAUCAUGCCACCCCAGCAGCGGCGACGGCGCCAGGCUGUCCAGGAUGAUGAAGACGAGGAUAUGCAGCAACAAGCUCUGCAGAGCGAGGACGAUGCCGACAACGACGGUGACACGCGGAUGGACGAUGUGGGGCAUCGAGACGAAAGGAGCCAAAUGAUCAAAAACCUGGUGCGCUAUGCCCUCGCCUGCGAAUACUCGCGAGCGCCAAUUCGGAGAGACGGCAUUAGGGAGAAGGUGCUUGGUCCCAACAAUGGUCGAUUGUUUAAGAAGGUGUUCGCCGGCGCACAAAGGCAAUUGCGGGCGACAUUCGGUAUGGAGAUGGUGGAACUACCCACUAAGGAUAGGAACCUGAUGACAGCGGAGCAAAAGAGAAAAGCCGCCAAAUCGCAAAGUCAGAAAGAACCAAGCUCUAACGCAUACGUUCUCGUCUCCGUUCUCCCGGAGGCCUAUAGAACCCCAGCUAUCAUAACCCCGUCCAAAAUUCAGUCGGCCGAUGGCGAGGCCUCAUAUGUCGCGCUCUACACCAUGAUAAUCGCCAUCAUCACCCUAAGCGGCGGCGAACUGAGCGAACCUCGCCUCCGCAGACACCUGACGCGGCUCAAUGCCGUCGAGAACAUGCCCGGUAUGAAUCCGAAUGAUGGCACUUCACCAAAUGAAAAGACGGAUCUGGUUCUCCAGCGCAUGGUCAAGCAGGGAUACUUGGUGAAAGUGACCGAGUCCAAAGCGAUGGGCGAUGACGACUCGACGACAUGGCAUGUCGGACCACGCGGCAAGGUGGAGGUUGGUCCGGAGGCGAUUGCGGCGUUUGUGCGGACGGUCUACGGCGGAUCCAAUGAUGAGCUCGAGAAAAAGCUGCAAGUGAGCCUCAAGAUUAGGGAACGGAAACCGGGAAUUCCAGAGACGGUCGGCGAAGACGCCGAGGACGCGGACCGGGCGCCGCCUGACGGUGACCCAGGGCCGAGUAAUCGCCGCAGGGGGAGGGGAGACUGAGGUCGAGAAUGAAGACAGCGGGUGGAUCGUUGUAGUCCGAGACGGACAGCUUUGCGGAGUCAGGGUAUCAUCAGGUGUGUAUUGAGUUGCUAUAGGUUUGGGUCUUACUGGUCACCAGCGAGAGCUUGCUGGUUCGCGGAUAGCUGUAAUGUAACCACCGGAGACCUUCUGGCAAGGACCCAUUGACCGCGACGGUCAACCGCAUUGCGGCACACGCAUGCCAUCUCGAUUCCAUCAA